AUGAAGCGUGCGGGAACUCUGCGCCUCCUCUCAGACCUCAGUGACUUCAGCGGCGCGGCCCGGCUCCGGGAGUUCUUGGCCGGAGACCUGGCUGUCCGAGUCCGCUGCAGCCCGGACGGCCGCCACCUGCUGCUCCUGCGACCCCCGGGGGCGCCAGCCCCGCAGUUGCUGGUCGCAGUGCGUGGGUCUGGCGCGGAGCUGGAGCGUGCCUGGCCGGCCGGCCACUCCCAACCACUAGAUGCUUUCUUCCUGCCGUGGCCCGCGCGGCCUGCGCUGGUCCUCGUCUGGGAGAGUGGCCUCGCCGAGGUGUGGGGCGUGGGGGUGGGGCCUAACUGGCGGCUGCUGCAGAGCACCGAGCUGUGUCCGAGCGGUGGAGCCCGCGUGGUGGCAGUAGCAGCGUCCCGAGGCCGCUUGAUGUGGUGUGAGGAGUGUCAGGCGGAAGCUGAGGGCCAGCUAGGGCAGCCUACAGCAGCUUUCAACUACCGUGUGUGCGUAAGAACCCUGGAGCCCAGCGGGGAGGUUGUCCCCACCCUGGGCAGCACACACAUCCUGCUGCACCACUGCCCCCCUUUUGGGCUGCUCGCCUCCCGGAGGGACCUCUUCCUGGUACCCACUGCCACCACCUGGCCUGGGGUGGCCCACAUUCUGCUCAUCUGGAACCCCGCCAAGGGCAAGGUGGUGAUAUCAGCCCCCUAUCUUGGCCUCGCCCACAGUAAGAGCCUGAAUCCUAGACAAGGGGAUACAUGGGACUUCCGGAUCCUGCUCCGAGGCCUUCCUGGGCUGCUGUCCCCCAGGCAGCCAUUGGCGGUCCAUACCUGGGCUCCAAUCCCCCAGGGCCUGCUGUUACUUGACUUCAGGGGCACUAUAAGCCUGGUGCACUCCCAUGGUGGUACCCGGGUUGUGGGAACGCUGCAUGAGGCACCUGGAGGCCCACAGGGGUCUGCAACACUGGGAGCAUUCCACAGCACCCUGGCCUGUGUGCUGGGCUCUACCUUGGAACUAAUGGACAUGAGAAGUGGGCAACUGCUGGAGAGGAAGGUCCUGAGUACAGACCGAGUGCAUCUGCUGGAACCUCUAGCCCCUGGUCUGGAAGAUAAGGAAGAGUUGGAGGCCCGAGGGGGUCUCCGUUUGCUCUCAGUCAUGGGUCUAUUUCUAGUGGUCUGGGAAGCCCCACAAGGCCUUGUGCUGCCUUCAGCUGAGGACCUGGUGUUUGAAGAGGCCUGUGGGUACUACCAGAGGCGGAGCCUGCGGGGCACCCAGCUCACCCCAGAGGAACUGAGACAUAACAGCACCUUCCGGGCACCUCAGGCCCUGGCCUCUGUCCUCCAGGGCCACCUGUCCUCAUCUACACUGUUAACCACACUGAAGGCUGAGCUGCGAGAUUACCGGAGCCUGGAGCGGCUCAAGGCCCAGCUGGUGGCUGGGGAUGAUGAGGAGGCUAGCUGGACUGAGCUGGCAGAGCAAGAAGUGGCACGUCUGCUGAGGACUGAGUUGAUGGGAGACCAGUUGGCCCAGCUUAACACCAUUUUCCAAGCUCUUCCUACAGCUGCCUGGGGUGCCACCCAUAGGGCCCUGCAGCUUCAGCCAGACAGGGAUGGCAGGCUGAGGUCCCAAGCUCCCCCUGAUGUGUGGAAGAAGGUGCUGGGGGGCACAACAGCUGGAAAGGAGCCCCCCAAUGGGAUAUUGCCCCCCUUUGAACUCCUAUGCCAAUACCUAUGCAGACUGGAGCCACGAUGGCUGCCACCGUUUGUGGAGCUGGCACAACAGCAGGGUGGGCCAGGGUGGGGAGCAGGGAGCCCAGGGCUGCCCCUGUAUCGCCGAGCUCUGACUGUGCUGGGUGAGGAGGGGACCAGACCUGAGGCGCUGGAGUUGGAGCUGCUCUUGAGCAGUGGACGGCCCAAGGCUGUGCUCCAGGCUGUGGAGCAGCUGGUACAGAAGGAACAGUGGGAGCGAGCUCUGGAGGCUGGCCUGGCCCUUGGCCCUUCCAGCCCCCUGGUUCGAAGUGAGAUCUUCAAACUGCUACUGGCUGAAUUUGCCCAACACCGUCGACUCGAUACCCACUUCCCCCUCCUUUGCCGCCUGUGCCCGCCAGACCUGGCUCCAGCUGAGCUCCUGCUUCUGUUGCAGACACACCUGCCAGAUGAGGUGGGGGCCCCUACCCCAUUCCCUGAGCCUGGGGCAGAGCCCACUCUGACCGUGGGCUUGCUCAGAGCCCUGCUGGAGCACACUGGGACUCAAGGACGGCCCUCGGGCCCAGUUCUAAGCCUAUAUGAGGACAUUCUAUGGGACCCUGGCACUCCACCCCCCACCCCACCUCGGGGACAUAUGACCCACCUCCAGACACCAGACCACCCAGGCCUGGAGGCCUGGGCACCAUCUGGACAGGGCUUCCGUGUGACUGACCCAAGCUAA